CAGUCUUCCUCUCCGGUCCCGUGAGUUCAGUACCGGCGGCGACACAUUACCGGCAGCGGCACUUUUAAAACUCCCGUAUCUGAGAAAGUCAUGUAUAAAGUAGGAGCCUGAAUAACGAAGAAGAAGAAGGCGAGGAAGAAGAAGGAGAAGAAGAAGAAGGAGCAGGCUCGUGUCUUAAACGCUUUAGAAAUGCUUCUCUCCCCCAGGACAGGUGGAAGAAAAAUUGCAAAAAACGGCCUGCAAUAACAGAGAAAGAGACAGCCGGCGGACUUUCGUUUUUUAAACGCAUCAUUAUGGGACUUCGCUGCCUCCUGUGUUGCCACCCCGCGGUGCUGAGUUCAGGGUCGUGCGGGACUUCCUCCUGCGUUCCCCUCUGAGCGGGUCUCCGCUGCAGAGUUCGACAUGAACGACAGCAUGGCCUCAAACGCACCGUGUCGCAACGCCACCUGCGAUGACACCCUCAUGGUGAACGGAAACGGCAAGCCGGCGACGAGCAUCAUCAUGUUCAUGGCCGGCGUGGUCGGAAACCUGCUGGCCCUCUUCAUCCUCGGCGUCCACCGGAAGGAGCAUCGCUCCAGGUCUUCCAUCUUCUGCGUCCUGGUGACCGGCCUGGCCCUCACCGACCUGCUGGGCACUUGCCUCCUCAGCCCGCCCGUGUUCAUCUGCUACGCCUACAACAUGUCCCUGAUCAGUCUGGGCGGCGAGGGCCUGUGCAACCUCUUCGGCUUCGCCAUGAGCUUCUUCGGCCUGGCGCCCACGCUCAUCCUGUGCGCCAUGGCCGUGGAGCGCUGCCUGGCCAUCAGCCACCCGUACUUUUACUCGGUGCACAUCCGCCGCCGGUUCGCCAAACUGACCCUCUUCUUCAUUUGCCUCUUUUCUUUGGCCUUCUGUCUGCUGCCGUACGUCGGCUACGGCAAAUUCCGACAGUACUGUCCCGGCACGUGGUGCUUCAUCGACAUGGACGCAGCGGGAGGAGGAGGAGGAGGAGGAGGAGGAGGGGAUGAACGGGCCGGUUUGGUGCUGGCCUUCUCGCUCUCCUACUCCUCCCUCAUGGCGCUGCUGAUCUUCGCCGUGUUCGUGUGCAACGGCUCGGUGAUCGUCAGCUUGUGCCGGAUGCACCGGAGCCAGCUGAUGCGGCGGGGCUCCGGCGCGUCGACGGGGAGGAGGAGGAAGAUGAGCCUGGCCUGGUUCGUCAAGGGAGAAGAGGAGAUGGACCACCUGGUGCUGCUGGCGCUCAUCACGGUCAUCUUCGUGGUCUGCUCGCUGCCGCUCACCAUCGCAGGCUUCAUCAACGCCGUUCGUCCGUUCUGCGGCGACAUGAAGAACCUGACGGCGUUCCGCUUCUACGCGCUGAACCCCAUCGUGGACCCCUGGGUCUUCAUCAUCUGCCGCAAGUCCGUGUUCAACCACCUGGCCUCCGUGCUGAGCUGCCGCUUCAGCAGGAAGGCCGUGAAGACGACGGCCCACUGCGCUCUGUCGCUACCGCUCGACAAUCACGUGCGGCGCGACACGGACGUGACGGUGCCACGGACCGACAUGUACCACGGGGUGCCUCUGUGACCCAACGGGAC